UCUGAAAUAGUUGUUUAAAACAUUUGCGUAGAUAUAUAUUCGGUGUCAGUCUUAUAUAUUUUUUUACUUCUAUUCAACACUCGUCGUUUUGUUAAAAUAUUUUUUUUAUUUCAUUUCAACGUCUUUUAUAGUGUCAAUAAAUAAUUAUGCUUGUGUAAUGUGCAUUUGUUGAUUGCGCAAGUAAUUAUCAUUCUUAGCACUAAUUAACAUUAGAUACGAAAUCUGAUUUCUAAAUAGUACGUCACAAUUGAUCUGUAAUAUUCUUUUGCUAAAAUGAAUGUAAACAGUAUUUUAAAUCCACGUGUGAUGGUUGGAGCCGCUAUUGUGGGCAUUGUUGGUGCCGCCGGCGUGUUUAUAUAUGAGCAAAUGUAUGCUGAAAAGAGGAGGGCUAUGUUAGUGAGUGAAGUAGCAAGACUAGACAAACAAGUGGCAUCUAUGAGAACAGAAUUAGAAGCACUCAGAGAGCUACAAAAAGAAAGCCAGCUUCGUAGGUUGAAACAAAAGAAGAAUGUCCAUAGACGAGAAAAGAAAGCGAAGGUUGUUCCCAGUGGAGAUGCUAUAGACGGACAUGAGCAAAGUUAUGCAUCAGAUUCGGAAUAUUUCACCGACUAUCAAUCUGUACUAGGAACUGAUGGUGAAAUGGACAGUGAAGAGUUCUAUGACGUGCACACCGACGAGGAUGAUGAUACCCUGAGGGAGUCUAUACGAAACGGGACUAUAUCUCCAGAUCUAGAUGAGGAUACUCCAACACCAAGUACAAUUCCAAAAUCACCAUCAAACACUAACACACAUGUAUAGUGAGCACAAAAUAUUGAGAUAAAUCAUUAUAGAAGUGAAUUAGUCGGGAAUAGAACUGUGUUCCACUAUAGCAUUAGUUAGUGUUGGUAAAAUGUAUUUUUAAGGAAUGCACAUAAUGAUGAGUCCAACGGCAAAAUUAUAAAUAUGUACAGAAGUUGUAUAUUUGUUUAGUAGUUGAAUAAACUUGAAACUAUAAAAUGGAAUUAUUAUAAUGUUUUAGAGGAUCAAAUGAACAUGAUUCGUAGUUUUGAACGAUUUGUUGAAAUAAGAACAUGUUAAUGUAUAAAUAAUGUUCUGUUUUUUUAUACUUGACACUUAUUCGCAACCAUGACUUGUGUUUUUAAUAAAGAAGUACUACAAUUAAAAUGUAUGCCUGAUAAUUAUAUUGUAUAUUAUUCUAUAUAUGAAAUAAUACUCUAAUAAGUUUUUCAAUAACAUUUCUAAUAGGAUUAUUCACAAUUGAUUAGUCUUCAAUAUUAUAACCAAAAUAUAUUUGUGACAAAUAGACUUCCUAUUCGUUGAAUAUAUCAAAUGUAGAAAAACAGAAUUUACAUGUGAAUGAAUUAUGAAAAAUAUUUCAGAAUGAAGGAUCACUUUACUAAAAUACCACAAAUAACAGUGGUAUCCCAAACUAUUAAAAAUAUCUUACAAA